ACACCGCUUGAAGCAAAGAUGAAGCCUUUCCUGAUUACAUUAGUCGUCUUAGCUGUCCUCUCCAAAGGUCGCUGCGAAGAAGCCGAAAAGAAAAAUGAAAAACGCGGUAUCAUCGAUAGCGGUUAUGGAGGUGGACUUGGAGGAGGACAUGGAGGAGGAGGUUUUGGAGGCGGAAGCGGUGGAUUAGGAGGCGGACAUGGAGGUGGUUUAGGAGGUGGUUUAGGAGGAGGUCUUGGAGGUGGAUUUGGAGGUGGAUUCGGUGGGGGUGCUGGAGGCGGAUUCGGAGGUGGAUUCGGUGGAGGAGCUGGAGGCGGAUUUGGAGGUGGUUUUGGCGGAGGAGCUGGAGGUGGAGGCGGAGGCGGAGGUGGUGCUACAGUCAGCACUGUAACCAGUACUGUUAAUGUACCAGUCCCAGUACCUCAACCAUACACUGUCACCCGCACAGUACCAGUCCCAGUCCAAGUUCCAGUUCAAGUAGCGGUCCCAAGACCCGUACAAGUACCAGUGCCAGUCCCACAACCUGUUGUUGUACCACGCCCUGUACCAGUUACCGUAACCAGAACUGUACAAGUUCCAGUACCACAACCUAUUCAAGUACCAGUCCAAGUUCCAGUUCAAGUACCUGUACCACAACCCUACCCAGUCACCGUUCCACAACCAGUCCCAGUUAGAGUACCAAACACCGUAGUUAUUCCAGUACCACAACCCAUCUUCGUUGGAGGAGGUGGUGGAGCUGGAGGCGGAGCUGGAGGUGGAUUCGGAGGUGGAGCUGGAGGUGGUUUCGGAGGUGGAGCUGGAGGCGGUUUCGGAGGUGGAUUCGGAGGAGGAUUCGGAGGAGGAUUAGGAGGUGGAUUAGGUGGAGGACAUGGAGGCGGAUUGGGAGGUGGAUUAGGGGGUGGAUUAGGAGGAGGACAUGGAGGACUUGGUGGAGGAUUUGGAGGAGGCCAUGGCGGAUCCGGGGGAGGAUUCGGAGGAGGUUCCAUUGGACAUGGAGGGGGAGCAUCCAGCUUCUCCAGCGUUUCCUUUGGAAAACACUAA